GAAGAAGAGGAAACAGAAUGUUUUAUCAGCAGAAGAAGAGAUGACAGACGAGAAGCGACAGGCGGUCUACCUGGACAUGGAUCACCUGCUGCUGGUGCUGCUGUUGCUGUGGAGCUCAGCUUUGACUUUCUCCUCAGGACUCCAGGCUGAAGGAAGUCACACCUCAACAGGUGCUCGGUGUGACACCACAGCCAAGGCUGACAUCGUGCUGUUGGUGGACGGCUCCGGGAGCAUCGGCAACUUAGAAUUUGAAAUCUUCAAGUCUUUUAUCUCUAGCAUAGUCAGAAACCUCCACAUCGGCCCAGACCGAGUCCAGAUUGGUCUGGUUCAGUACAGUUUUAGACCACAGACUGAGUGGCACCUGAACACCUACCAGACCAAAUAUUCCCUGCUGGGGGCCACAAGCAGUCUGCGACAGAUUACAGGAGGCACCAAGACAGGAAAGGCUCUUAACUUCACCCUGCAGAACAACUUCCAGCCCGAUGUGGGAAUGCGUGCGGACUCCCAAAAAAUUGUUGUCUUGCUGACAGACGGAGAGUCCCAGGACGACACACGGCUCCCGUCACAGAAACUGAAGGACGCCGGCAUAGAGAUCUACACUAUUGGGGUGAAGAAUGCCAAUGAGCUUGAGCUGAAAUCCAUCGCCUCCAAGCCCUUUGACAUUCACACGUACAGUGUCGCAGACUUCUCGUUUCUCCCAGCCAUCGUUGACAACCUCACCAUCAACCUCUGCAACAGCGCUAAAAGCUUAGAACUUGUCAGGUUGGUGGGAGGAGCCAGCCGCUGUGCAGGAACACUGGAGGUGAAACGAGGAGAAUGGAGACCAGUUUAUGGUUCUAACUGGAUCCUGAAGUCAGCAGCUGCAGUCUGUAGAGAGCUGGACUGUGGCUCUGCUGUUUCAACACGAAGCAGAGAGGACUCCUCAGACAGACCUGGAUGGGAGAUCAGCUCCGACUGUGUGGAGUCUGGAUCUGCUCUGAGGGAGUGUGUGUCAUCAGGUUCUUCUUCCUCCAUCAUGGAGAUCACCUGCUCAGAUCCAGCAGUUGUUAUCUCCAGACUGGUGGUCCUGCCGCUGUUGUUCAUCGCUGCCAUCUGCUUCAUCCAUAAGGCCACCAGGGGGCAGAAGCCAGACCCACAGGAGAAUGUGGAGCUGGAUUAUUAUAACCUCGGUGUUUGCAGAGCUGAAGGGGGGCCGGCUGAAGAGGAAGGAGCCGAGGCAGCAGAGUAGGACCUCCAAAGAGCUUUUCCCACAUCCAGAUGGAUUGCUCAGCUUCAACACAACUGUGCAUCAGCUCCGUCAGGGAUUUUCAACCAGGUCUUUGCAGCCCAGUAUCUCUCGGAAUAAUGUCCAAAUAUGUCAGCUGUUGGAGGUCGGGGUUGUCUUGUUGCCUAACACAAACUGGGCUCUAAUAACGUACAGCAUUAAUAACAUCUUAAAGCCAGUGUAUUUAGAUAUUUCUAUGAUAUUUCAUAUUUUUCCUCAGUCAUUUCCUCACAAUGUUGACUACCCACAUAGUUUGCCAAAUAUUUUUUGCCAAAUAGCUUAAUUUUGUUUGCAAAAAUUACUUAGUUGUUAAAACGGGGUGGUGACGCAUGACUGUGGUAACUCCAUAAGUCAUACGUCAUUCUCCAAGUUAAAAAACGACGUCGCGCCUCGUUAAGUCAGAGCAUCUAACCAAUUUAUCACGUAAUUUACUUAGAACUUACAGUAGGUAUGUCUCUCUGUGUCUGAUUGUUGGUUUGUCUUUCUAGUUUAGUUAGCUACCGUUAAGUUAACAAAGUUGCAGUUAGCCAUGUGAAGUUAGAAAGUCGGCAAACAGAAGGUCUUCAUUUUAUUUUUUAGUUUCCUCCUCUUGGUUUAGUGUGCUGCUCAUUGUCAUUAUGGCAUCUGUUGAUUUGGAGGACAGAUGACAGAAAACGCAUCACACUUUCACCUGCAACCAUCUUCUAUACAGUCUGCAACAUGCAUUUUACUACGCCUGUUAUACCAAUGCAUCAGCGGAAGGCCCCCCCCACACCCCCGGGGUAAAGUAAGCGCACCAUAAAACGUAGUGGGAGUUAUCGUGUGCAGUGCGUGACAGAACCGUCGACUGUAUGAUUGACAGCUGAUACGCGCACAUUAGUUUCUGUCAUGGGUAAGUAAGAGCUGCUCCUGCCAGACAGUAAAGUGUAGUGAUGUUAAAAACAGCAUAUCGUUAGUGAACACUCCAGCCGGUCAGUUUUUGGUUGUCAUGGUAAUGUAUUACGUCCGACUAUUGACCACACCCCCGUUCUCUGUUUGAGAAUGAACGUUCAUCAAAAACGGCAGUUGAAACUGGCUGGAGGGGGCUUUAAAUAAUUAUGUAAUUGUGGUGUCCAGAUUUCAGUUUACAUUUAAAAGCCUGAAGAAUUGUAAUUGCAGAUUGUGGCACCGUAAUGUUCAUAAUUCUUCAGAGAAAACACAUCUAAAUAUCUAACACCACUGCCGACCUCUCCAGGGUGUACGCCGCCUUUCACCCGAUGUAAACUGGGAUUGGCUCCAGCCCCCCACGACCCUGUACGCAGGAUGGAUAUCUAACACCAUUCUCAUUAUCUGUAAAAAUGUUUUAUUAACUGCUAUCAUGUGAGCACAUGUAACUUUCUUUGAUAGACUUUCAUGAAUAGAGUUUUAUUGUCUGAUCUGGAUAAAUGUUGAGCUAAGACUUUAAUUAAAAAUCCAUCCAGUUUGGAUUAUUUCAUUACUUUUGUCUUCAUUACCUUUUAUAUACUUGAGUGUUUGAGCAGAGAGUUUGGAAACAAUAAAUGAAAUUUAUUUAGUCAAAUCAAAU